AUGACCCUAAGAAUUUGGGAGCUCAUAACUCCUAAGAAUCUUGCUAAGCACAACCUCGGCCCCAAGGUGCCAAAGGAGCUUCCUAGCCCAACACGUGAGGGUCUUCAAAUUGAGCAACAUUUCUUUGAUCUGUCUUCUAUGGCCCCUGAAAAAGACUUGGUGAAAGAGGCAAUGGCCAUAAGAAAAGAGUUUAGGAAGGGCGGUGGGUCUAGGACCAACAAAAAAAGGCGCUUGGUGACGGUUGGCAAGACUGAUCUACUUCUUAGCACCGACCUCCCUUUGUCUAAUGCGGUCAAUCCCAUGGACCAGGUUAGGGUUACCAAGGAGAUCAGGGUUCCCCCAAUAGAGGUUUUUAGGGUUGGUUCUUCGAACCCUGUGGCCCCAAGACCUCUUGGUCUGCCUUUUAUUCCCAUUCCGACUAAGGAUCAUUCCUUCCUCACUAAUGAUUCCUUGGCUGCCACCAAACUAGUGAGCAUCCUCCCCAAGUCUGACAUCCGUGAAUCGAUAAAGCUCAACACUAGUGAAAAGGCUUCCAAUGCACUUUUAUGCUCUCGUUGGGGUAUGAUGUUUUUGCUGUCUUUUUUGAAGCAUUCAAAUCUUAAGGUUUUUGCUUAG